GGCGGCCGUUGAAAAAUGGCGACGGUCGCCGAGUUGAAGGCCGUUUUAAAGGACACUUUGGAAAAAAGAGGAGUGUUAGGGCAUUUAAAAGCAAGGAUUCGUGCGGAAGUUUUCAGUGCCCUCGAUGAUGAAAGUGAACCUCGGCCAUCGUUGUCUCAUGAAAACUUUCUAAUUAAUGAGCUAAUUCGGGAGUAUUUGGAAUUCAACAAAUACAAGUAUACAGCGUCGGUCCUCAUAGCAGAAUCUGGUCAACCUGUAGUUCCACUGGACAGACAGUUUCUCAUCCAUGAACUAAAUGCAUUUGAAGACUCAAAGAAUAAUACAAUACCUCUUUUAUAUGGGAUUUUAGCUCAUUUCUUGCAUGGAACUAAGGAUGACAACAAAAAUACAUUUCUGAAAGGGUCUUCACUCCAGCCUCCAAACCCAAAUCUUGGCAGACCACCUAGUGGAAGAAAGCAAAUGGAAGAACACCUGCGGCAGGAGCAGGGGAGGGGCAGCAAUGCUGAAAGCCUGCACACUUCACCCUCGGUACAGAGAUGACACUUCCAACUGGGGCUUCUUUGAUCUUAAACUUGCAUGUAUUAAAUAACUUAUUUAUUCUCCCAAUGUCAUCAGAAUUCAUCACUAGUAUUGUACUCUGUAAAAAUGUGAAGUUUCUGCAAAACCUUUAGCCCCUCAUGUUUUACUGCAUUUGUGAAUAAAAGCUAACUCUGUCAUCUAGUUUACCAGAUUUGACUUGAAAGAAAAUGUGUGGUUUUUAGGACGAUUUUAAAGGUCCCUAAAUCUGUGAGAAACGAAAGGGGUUUUUUUGGUACCCUAUAAAUUCUUCUGAAGAAAAAAAAUCGAGUCUUUAUAGCCAUAUGCUCUGUUCUGUUUUUGGCUGUGCUUUGCAGCUUGUGGAGUCUUAGUUCCCUGACUGGGGAUUGAACCUGGGCCCUGGCACUCAAAGUGCUCAGUCCUAACUGCUGUACCUCCAGGGAAUUCCCUGCUCUGUUCUUUACCAUGGCACAUUAAUUAAAUUUCUUUCAGGCUGGAAUAAUGUAGAUUUACAGGAAAAUUCAUUCAUUUAAAACACACACACACACACACACA